AUGAUAGAGAACUCACUAGAUGCAAAAUCUACAUCUAUAACGGUGACGGUGAAGUCUGGAGGAUUGAAACUUCUGCAGAUACAAGACAACGGAUGUGGAAUCAGAAAAGACGAUAUGGACAUCGUCUGUGAGCGCUUUACUACGAGCAAGCUCACGAAAUUUGAAGAUCUAAGCUCCAUUGCAACUUAUGGGUUUCGAGGGGAAGCACUGGCGAGUAUAAGCCACGUAGCUCACGUUACUAUCACCACAAGAACUGCACAAUCCAGCUGUGGUUACAAAGCAUCUUAUUCAGAUGGGAAACUUGUCUCACCACGACCUGGCAUGUCUGCAGAUCCUAAGCCUUGUGCUGGCAAUAAAGGCACCCAGAUCACUGUGGAAGACUUAUUUUACAACGUAUCAACGCGAAGAAAAGCGUUGAAAAGCCCCGGUGAAGAAUUCGCAAAGAUCGCUGACGUGGUCAGCAAGUAUGCUAUACACAAUUCCGGGGUCGCAUUCACUUUAAAAAACAAGGGGAGAACAUGGCUGCUGUGA